UGCCCUUUGGUCAGAUUUUUGGAUCCUGAACAGCCUGAUACAAAUUUUGGUGUAGCUGAUGAGCCUCCCCAUUUCAGUUAAUACAUCUGUAAUGAAUUCAUAACAAAUUAAUACAGCGAAAGUUUAGCAUUUCUACACAUCAUGGUUGACGUACAAACAAUCCGCCGACAACCCUGAAGCACCGACUUUCCACUUGAGCGAGCUUGGGGGAGGGAGGGCCUAUCGUUCACCCCGCAACGCAAAGGAAUCGUAAUUUGGAAGGUGGGGAGCACGGCUGGAACGCGGACAAUAAACCGCUACAAACCGGGCAGCGUGGGAGCCAUGCCGAAGGAGCCAGGCGGGGCAGUGCCGCAAAGGCGGAGCCGCGAACGCCGAUAAACGCACUUGGCAGAUGCGUGGACUGCAUUUGAAAUCCUGUCUCGGGAAGGGCUUGGGAAGUUGCGUGCAGCUUCAGGGGCCGCAGCAGUACCCGGGCAGGCGCUCCGCGGCUCCCUGUGCGGGAUUCGGGGGCCGCAGAGCAGGAAUUAGGGACUCCGGCUGCGCUGCUGUCUGUGCCCCAGAAAUCCCCUGGGGCUCAUGGAGUUCGCCUUUUGCUUCUCAGCCUGCUUUCACAGACAUUCCCGCUCCCAGGUUUCGGUGUCUCACUGUUGUCAGCGCCCCUUCCCCUCCUUCCGAGCAUCCCUGUACUGGCAUAGUCACAUGUUUAGGCUUCGAUGUCUGUAAUCCCACCCUCACCGCCCGAGAAGGAGGAGGAAAAUUUGCGGGAGAGAAGUGAGCAGCCAGCGGAGCGGCAAUACAAACAGAAGGCGGAGAUGCGCGGCGGGAGCAGGGGACCGGACUGGUGGUGGCCCGGCUCUCCCGCGGGCGGCAGGAAACCUUCGGGGCGUUUGGCUGGGAAAGGGAAACGGGAACAAAACCCGGCCAUCCUCUGCUCUGUGCUUGGUCCCACCCAAAGCAGCCCUCUGCCGAGGUUUGGACAGCUUAUGCAGGUUUGGCAGCCACUGCCCCAGUGAUACUCUGCAAUCCAGGGAAGAUGCGUGGGAAGUGAAGGAAAGAGGGCAUGAGUAAAGCACGGAUGCCCUCCUACAGCAGCCAUGUUACACCAAGCCUGGCAGCUGUAUGGGAGGUGGUGGCGUUGGUCCAGUCCUUUUAUCCAUCUCCUCACGCUGACUGUGGUGACAUUUGGUGUGCUUGCACCUUUGAUUUGCCACCGGCUCCUCCACUCUUACUUCUAUUUGCGGCAGUGGCACCUGAACCCCAUGAGUCAGGAGUUCCUGGAGCAGAACCGGCAGGAGGGCAAGGCUGCGCUCCAUUACUUUGAGAAGCUUCAGAUAUCAAAUACCUCCGAGGCCUCUGGCAGUGAUGCCUUCCAGCCCUUGCUGCUUGUCACCAUUAUCACUGUGCAGAGGCGGAAUGAUUUCCACUAUGUCUUGCAAGUGGCCUCUCGCUUCCACCGUCUCCUUCAGAUAUGUGGUGCACGUUGUCAGAGCCACCGCAUCCUCCUUUGUAAUGUGGAGUCAGACCCCAGUAGCCAUCAGGAUGUCAGGCUGCUGAGCAGCUUCUUUCCUAUGGUCAGUUAUGACAGAACAGGUGAGAACCCUGACCCCAGAAUGAACCAGUUUGAGAAGGAGAAGCAGGACUAUGUCUUCUGCCUUGAGCAGUCACUGUUGGCGUACAACCCAGAAUACAUCCUUGUAGUGGAAGAUGAUGCUGUGCCAGAGGAGGAGAUAUUUGCUGUCUUGCAGCACCUCUUUUUGGUCCGGUUCUCCAAACCAUACCUCAGAGAUGCACUCUAUUUCAAGCUUUACCAUCCUGAGAGGCUUCAGCGCUACUUUAACCCUGAACCCAUGAGAAUUCUCGAGUGGCUAGGUCUGGGCAUGCUUCUGGGACCCAUGCUGAACUGGCUGUACUCCUGGGCAACUGGGCGCCCCAGCUUCUGUUGGCCCCUUGUCUUGUUCUUUGCUUUAUACAGCAUGGCCUUGUCAGAGCUGGUGGGACGGCAUUACAUGCUGGAGCUGCGCCGGCUGGCUCCCACGCUGUAUAAUAUCGUGCCAGUCACUGAAUGCUGCACACCUGCCAUGCUUUUCUCUGCUCCAUCUGCCCGCCGUGCCUUAGGCUACCUGAAGGGGCUGCACUGCCGCCAGGGUUUUGCUAAGGAUAUUGCCCUCUACUCUCUGCUGCAUUCUAAGGGAGAGAACGCCUACGUGGUAGAACCCAAUCUGGUCCGGCACGUGGGAAUGUAUUCCAGUCUUCGCCUAAAUGAUAACCCGAAGCUGCUGUGACCUUUUCAUGCUUUUGCAGACACGCAGCCCAGAGAGCUUGCCACUGAGCAGACAGACAGUGUGCAAACUCAGAUGUUGCGUUGCUAUCACUGGGCAUCCUGUGCCUCCAGGUGAACAAAGAAUAAGUCUAUUUAAAAGAAAGAAGUUUCUCAAAAAAAUAAACUUCCAUAUGUACAGACCCUGUUUAAUAUAUACUUGGACCUAAACACUAUGCACCAUGUGAGAGGGGAAUGGAGGAUUCCAGCUGGGGGUGUGGAUUGUCAACUUUCUUUAAUCAUUAUUAAGGAAAAGCUCUUACACCAAUAUAAACAGCUAUAACUGCCUGCUUUCUUUUACACUGGUCACAGAAGUCCUCACCUUAGGGCAACAGAAAUAUUGGACAAACUGAAUGUUUCAAAUUUAAACUAGUGAGGAGGAAAAGCCCUUAUUUUCCCAUCCUUACUGAGGUCUGAUCUCUGCCUUCUGUCUGUUUCUGUUUCAAAACUGUGGUUUUGAGCAGACGCUUCAAAAGCAGCAGUGGUUUAUGUGAACCUUCUCAAAAAUUUCACCUAUAUUCAUUAAAUUUUACAGACCCUCUGUUUGUAACUGUAUCCCCCUACAGAUCCUAUCUGCACCUCCAUCCUUCCCACUCUUCCUGGAACAGAGGCUCCUAAAAACAAAGCUGCUGCUGCUUCAUUAAAGGUCAUGUCUGAAGGCAGGAAUAGGAAAGCAGAAUGCAGCCAUUGAUGUUACACAGCCAGAUCACAAAUGCACGUUUUCACUGACACAAUACAGACAUUAUGAACAAUAUAGGAUGACUACUGUGCUGGUUAGCAUCAUCACUAAUUGUAGUGUAUCCACAUCAUUAAAAAGGGUCUUAUUAGUUGCUGACUGGACUUAAGACAUUCAACAUGAAUUUACCUUGACUUUUGAUGAGCACAGAGCUAAAGGAAAGAUUAGAUCAGGUGUGGCUAUUGUGCAGGAUCUCUCUUUCAUUUUGGAUCUCAAAUUCACAGCUCAGCCCAAGUGGUUUAUUCACUGCUCUUGGCAGCAAGCAAGAACUUGCUGCCAAGCAAGCUGUUUAUUAUACCCAAAGGAAAUGAAACUAGCUGUUCAUAAUAACAGUAGCACAGCACAUGAAGGGGCCACUCUGAUACUCACCCAUUAACUUAAUGUGCUCUGACUGUUAAGCAUUUGGGAUGGGUACUUUGUCCCACAGCUUUGGGCACAGUUAAAUAUAAAGCCAUGCAGAUGAUAAGAGAUCCCAGACAGGAUCAAAACUGGCACCAGAAUGUUUAUGUCUAAUGAAAAGCCAACCUUGACUUUAGAAGGCUUUGAGUCAAGUUCACUUCCAUGUGGAAUUUGGUUGAACUGUUUCUGAAACUAUAUUCCUAUAUUUGGAAUGAACCGACUACAGUAUUCUUGCCGAGUUUUGGUCAGUGGGGUUGCUUCACCUUUUCUUUUUGGUGGAGGAAAAGCUUUACUUUGAAUUUUCUUUCCCUGUCUCUCUUGGGUGAUUUAUGCCUUAAGCUGUCAACGGGUCUGGUUAUACGUAUGAAGGACAUAAAACUCAUGAGAGAUGAAACCACAAAAAUUUGCUAACCUCCAGCUGUUAGUGUGCGACGGAUAUCCCACAACACAAAUGCAUAAUGUCAGUUAGCCAAGAAAAGGCUUCACAACAGAGCACAGUCCUCUGCUCUCUUAGUAAUUAGCUGGGACACUUUUAUAAUACCUUUGGAAUUCAGAUGUGAGGAAAAACUGCUUGUGGCUUCCAUAUAAUUUCAAAGGCAAAGUACCUCUCUGUCAGAGGACACAGGAAAAAUUGCACAGGCAGAACCACGAUUUUUUCUUAGCUGCUGGAAAUGUCAAAGAUACCAGAGUGCUCACAAUGUCAGGUGGGCAAACCUAUUCUCAGGCUUUCCAGUACUAUAGGAAUAUGGUAAGAUUUGAGUAUAUUUCAUUAAGCACUUGUGCAUGGGAGGAAAUACACCUUGUUUAUGCACCUUCAGCUGUGAAUGUUUCAGUGCUGUGUGCUUUUUCUUCACUCUUUUUGUACUACACAAAUCCAGCAAGUGCCCUAUUCUUUUCAUGAGAGUCCAUUCAUACUCCCUGCAAAGAAAAUCUCACAACAAGGUACAAUGAAUGGAACAUGGAGAGGAAAGAGGGGGAAGGAAAAGAAAGAAACCUUAGAAAAGAAACCGAUUAACUAUAUGCUGUUAAUAAAUGUUUUGAUGUGGGAAAUGAUUUAACUGUUUGUCUCAAAGUUAUUUUCCCUGUUUGUCCUGUAGUACUUUGUCAUCCCAGAAUUUCAGGGGAGAUAAAUAAUUUUCCUGAGCUUCAUAGCUGAAAGUUAAGAACAUUAAUUUGACGUAUCCCUUCUAAACUGAAGACAAUUUUCAGGGCAUAAGAGAUGAGAGAAAUUGACUGGGACACCAAGCAGCUUGAACCUGCUUGUGAGAGAGUUUCAGAUAAACCCAUUGAGAAUGAACUCCUUUGUACAUGGAGCAGGUUAAUAAAUUCUUCAGAUCUUUCUGGAAUAAUUUCCUUGAGUGCUCAGUUCGCCUUUACAACAGAGGUGCUGCUUUUACUGAGCCUCCUGGGGACUGUUUCCAAGUUACUCAGGUACUUGCUCAGUGCCAGCCAUGCUCAAGUGGUGUGUCAGGAAAGUGUUCCUACUGCUGCUGCCUCUCAACUUUCACGAGCAGAUUGAUUUUUCUUGUUUUCCUGUGCCAUGUUUUAUUAGAAAUGACAAGUCAGAGAAGUGUACUUUGCCCUUGGAACAAAAAAUUGGAGGUUACUGUGAGUUCCUAAUCCUGGUGGAUUUUGUUCCACAGUUUGGGCAGUUUCAAACACACAUGCCUUUUUGGUCUCUUUUUCACCACGCAAGUGGAGCUGAGUUGGCAUAUUUCAUGUUACAUAAGUGCAAGGCCCAGCAUUAACUCCUUGAAACAUGGCCUUGAGAGUUUGCUUUUACUCACAUUAAAACAAACGUAGUGAUUAUUUUUGAAACAAACAAUAUGGAUUUUCUUGUUAUUUGUUCAUUCCAAAUAAUUCAGAGACUAUUUUUCAAUGCAGCAACUACUGCUUGCACAAGAGGAGUCUUUCCUGAUGGGCCAGACAGCAGGACUCAAUGUGUUGUUGUCCAAGACAACUCAGGGGAAGUUAUUCAACAAAACUACCUUUGUUUCCAAGUUGGUCCAACACAAGCAUGAUUCUGGCAGAAGAUGAAGCAUAAAUUGAUAGAUCCUUAUUAGACUGGAAGCCCAAGUGGAUUUUGUAACUGCAGUAGGGUCAAUGUCUUAGCGAGAAAGCAUUAAAAUUAAAGAGAGGACAAAGCCUUCCUUUCAGUUUUGAGGAGCUGUGACUUGCCACACAGGGUAUUCCAACAGCAAUUUGGCUGGACGCAGGGUGAACUACUUUUUUUCUGAAGAUACUUACAAGCAAACUCUACCAAAUAAAUAACCUUUCUAUUAAAA